UGUAUUAAAAUUAAUAAAUUAAUAGGUAUGUGAGUCACAAUUCACAAAUUCCUCAAGAAAAAAGCUCAACUCCACUUCGCCUGCACCAACCUCAUAAAUCCACUCCACCGCCAAUUUGAAGUUUUAACAGCCUCAGUUUCCACUAUUUCAAUUCAACUGUUUCAGCUGCUCCACUGCGUUUAAUUUCUACCGAUUAUUCGAUAUUUCAAUUAAAAAACUAAUCUUUCGCCAAACCCCAGUCUAAUUGUACGAUACAACCAGGAGAGAGGUAGUGAAGAUGCAGCAACCGGGGCCAAUGUUUCCUGUCAUGCCGUCGUUUCCACCUACGAAUAUCACCACCGAGCAGAUUCAGAAGUACCUGGAUGAGAACAAGAAAUUGAUAUUGGCUAUUCUGGAUAAUCAAAAUCUAGGCAAACUCGCUGAAUGUGCCCAGUACCAGGCUCAACUUCAAAAGAACCUCAUGUAUUUGGCUGCUAUAGCUGAUGCCCAACCACAAACACCAGCAAUGCCUAGCCAGAUGACUCCCCAUCCCGCGAUGCAACAAGGAGGGUUUUACAUGCAGCAUCCUCAGGCUGCUGCAGCCAUGGCUCAGCAGCAAGGCAUGUUCCAGCCACGGGCGCCGUUCAACAGCCCACACCUAUUACAAGAUCCUCAGCAGCAACAUGGCCACCCGCAAGCCGGCCAAGGGCAGCUGGGCAUGAGGUCUGUCGGUCCCAACAAUGGCAUGAACCCCCAACAUAACGACGCCAGUCUUGGAGGGGCCAGCAGCAGCGUACCCACUUCGAAUUCGAACCUAAAUGAUAUCCGCGGGGUAAGCAAGCAAGAUAAACCGGAUAGUCGGGCUGCAACCGGUUCUGACGGCCAGGGAAACUCUGCUGCUGCUCGUGGCGGUGGAGACGCGGAGGAAGCCAAGUGAAGGGCCGCGUACCUGGUUGUGGAUAAUAGGCUUCUUCGUGUUGUAGAACUAGCGACUUUUCUUCGUGUUUUUCGACUAGAAAUAGCGUUUCUUUCCCGGCGAGGAUUAUUAGGCGUGCCGGGGUCUGUCGUCGUAGCUAGUAAGGGAAGGAAUGAAUGAUUUUUCCAUUCUAGGCAAGUUGGGGGAAGAAGCUUGUGUUGUAGCUCCAAUGCCUUUGUUUUCUCAUGUCUUGGGACUAUUGCAUGCUUACUUCAAGAAAAGGUUAAAAAUCACAUGUUUAAUUUUAUAAA